CAGUUUUUGAAAGCACGUUUGCGAUUGGUUAUAAUCGAGAAUUUGACAUUUGACCCUGCCCCAUCCAUUUCUCAUGCCAAAAUAGUUUAUUCUCGUGAACUUAUCGUCUCAAUUAUUUCCAAAAGAAUUUGAACUGCUUUGAAAAUGUACAAUUCGAAGUCAAUUUUCCGCCUAACCCAACAUGUUGUAAGGGCCACACGUAACGCCUCUACUGAAGUACCAAGUUCAAAAUUCCCCAGGCUUAAGAAAUUGCAGAACCAAUUUGGAGUUGAAGAUGAAAUUCCAGUUCAUCUUAAGGGAGGUUUCAUGGACAGAUUAUUGUUCCUUACCACUGCAGGAUUGGUUACAAUUGGAACUACUGCUGGAUUACAUACUGCCUACAAGCUGAUCGUAAAGAAUUAAUUUUAUGAAAAAAUAUUCCGUUAUAUGUUGUAGUUGUGAAUUGCACUAAAAAUUAAUGUGAAGUAAAAUAGUAUUAAGUACAACAACCGAGUUUUAAUAAAAAAUUAGUAAAGUAUUUUA